AUGCCGCCUAAAGCACCCAAAGGCGAAUAUAUCGAAACGGAAACCGGCAACAAAGUCUCUCGCCGGUCCCAGAUCCAUGGAACACACCACAUCUCACUCGGGGGGAAAUCGAUCAUUAUGGCCGACGCCGUCGUCCGCGGUGACCUUUUCCGCUCGUCAUCCUCGCAAUCGCAGUCGCAAUCGCAGUCACAGUCACAAUCUGGUAGCGGUGCCGGCAACAACAACAUCGCCAUCAGUAUCGGCCGAUACACGUUCAUCUCACGGAGCGCAAUCCUCCGCCCGCCCUCUCGUCUCUCGCGUGGUGUCCACACGUACACAACGCUGCAUAUCGGGUCUCAUGUUUUUGUAGGGGAGCGGAGUAUCGUCGAGGCCGCGAAGGUGGAAGAUAAUGUGACGAUUGGGAAGGAUUGCGUGAUUGGGUCGAUGGCGAUUCUGAAGGAAAGGUGUCAGGUACUAGACGGGUGCGUUGUGCCGGGGGGCAUGGUGGUGCCGAGUCAUUGUGUGGUUGGUGGGCAGCCGGCGCGGAUUGUGGGAGAUACGCCAAUUGCGUACGGGGUUGAGGGGCUGGAGGGGGGAUUGAGUCGGGAGAGAUAUCGAAGUAUCCGAUAG